AAAAAAAAAAAAAAAAAAAAAAAGUUGCCUGCCACGCCAUCAAAACCCCACGUACCUAACACUUGUACAUUAUAAUUAUUUCUCUUGGUGCACCCACUUCACCGAGCCUCACCGCGCUUCUUUCUCUUAUGCCAGACUGUACCAGCUUUUCAGUCACUUGAGGCAGACCAUAUACGCCUGUCUAGAACCUAGACGCUCUUCUGGGCGACGCUACAAGUCCAAUUGCAGACCACGAUCACCCCUGCAAUUUCGCGAUUUUAGCACGAACGCCUCUCGAGGACCUGCCUACCUUACCUAACCUUCCCGCCCUCCUUAUCAUCGACGGAAAACACCAAAACCGGAGGAAAUAAGACCUGGUCGACAAAGCCGCGUCAAGAUCUUGGGACGCACGUCAAUACUUUCACCUGGCUCUGGUUGGACUUGCCACACAACGACUUGCAGAGGUGUCAAUCUGAAAAGGCAUAAUCAGAUCGCACAACCCGGCACAGAUCCAAUCGGCUCUAUUCUUCGACCCGAGCGCUCCCAUAAAUUCUGCUUCGGCCUCGGUCUCACUUCCCAGCUGAGCUCUGGCCGAGAUAUACACACAGCACGGGUGUUUGCCUUCCCGAUCGUAUUCUAGAUCAAAUCAACAGAGGCGUGCCACCUCGGGACACACAACACUCCACCGUUCGCCGACUAGGUAUUUGGCCCCUAAACACCGGGCUAAUAACCAAAGCCAAAACGUUCAGGUACCUGCGGCUGGUCACCUAUAGUGGAUUUUGCGACCGCUUAGCCUUAGCAGCGGGUGUCGCGCGAUCUUCCCCAUCCCAUUGCUAAACUAGGAGCGGAAACCGUUAUCUAGCCAGUAUUCUAAAGCCGGUUCUGCAAAGACCCUGAAGGCUUCAACGUCGAGCCAACCGCGUCUACCACAGCGUCUAGCCAAGUGCAGGGCACGAGAUCCAAUUCGCAGUGCCACCCGAGAAACAACAUCUCGAAUUUGGCGUUUGGAGACACUCCCCAUCCCAUUUUCUAGGCUAAUAAGUUGGGGCCAAAAACAUUCGAAGUAUCUCGCCGUCUUGACCUAGAAAAUUCACCAACGUGAACAGCGUCCAUGGGAUUGGCAAUGGCUCCUUACCGUCAGGCCCCAGGCCAACUGAAGGAAGAGCCAAACGACUCUCAUCAUCCCCACCACCCGCAGCAACAGGGUCAAGCACCCUCACAUAUACAGCCACAUCCUCGACCCUCGAGCAUUGUGCAGCAGCAUCAUCCCCACGCUCCUCCCCAGCAGCCGCAGCAUUCUUCGGCAUACUCCUCGUAUCAGCACAACCAGCAGCAAAAUCAGACUAGCGGCGGGCAGCACACCCAGGACCUAGGUUAUUACGCUCACCAGAGCCCAUACAGCACCCCAGGUGCGACUAGCGGGUAUACAUCCGCAGACACAUCAGAAAUGAUGGCCGCCGCGAUGCCCAGACCACCUUACCCACCCAUGUCUUACCACACGCCACAGUCCAACUCUCCAGCUUCUGUCGCGUCACCAUCUGGCCAUGAUCAACAAAGGAGCAUGUACGGACAACCCACAUCUCAGCUUCACCAACAGUCCAUGUACUAUGGACAGCAAACAGCUCAAUACCCGCCGAUGCCGGCCCAGGCCGCGCAGUCACCAUACGGCCAGCACCCGCAACAGUCGCACCAGACUAUGACCUCACAGCCGAGCAUGAUGAUGUCGCACAAUAACGCUGCCCAGCACCAGAUGAGCCAGCAUGGUCACUCAACGCAGCAUGCCCAGAGCGCCAUGACUGGAAGCCCGAGGCACCCCAAGAUCGAGACACACAGCAUGCCGCCACAGCUUUCACGGCCUGGACAGCAGCAGCCAAUGACGCAACAACCACAGCAGAUGAACCAGCAGUCUUCAAUGCCCCAACAGCCUCCGAUGAAUCAGCCUCUGGGGCAGUCACAGCCCGCGCAAAACGGAGCGCCCAUGCAGAAUGCAUCCAAUGUCGGCAGCGGCGCGGCGGGUGUGAACCCCAACGCAGCCCCCGGCCCAAUUCCAGCGACUACACCUUUGGUAGUUAGGCAAGACCAAAAUGGAGUUCAAUGGAUUGCAUUUGAGUACUCUCGUGACCGCGUCAAGAUGGAAUACACUAUCCGCUGCGAUGUGGAGUCUGUCAACACGGAUGAGCUUUCAGCUGAGUUCAAGCAAGAAAACUGCGUAUAUCCUAGGGCUUGCGUGGCCAAGGAGGCAUAUCGUGGCAACAGGUUGCAGUACGAGACUGAAUGCAACACGGUCGGCUGGGCGCUUGCACAGCUGAACACACCGCUGCGAGGAAAACGUGGUCUGAUCCAGCGCGCUGUGGACAGCUGGCGUAACAGCAACAGGGAUCCGCGCCUACGAAGCAGGCGCGUUCGUCGCAUGGCCAAAAUGACGACACGAAAGACGAACCCUAUGCCUGCUGGCCAUAUGGCUGGUGGCCCCGCGGGGCCCGGCGGUCCGGCAGGGAUGCCCGGCGGCCCCGGAUCUAUGGGGCCCGGUGGCGGCAUGGGUAAACCCAUCAUGAACAGCAUGGGUCAGAUGCAACAACACCAUCACCACGCUGAUGGUCACGGCCAGGAGGGCGGAGAAGUCGGGGAUGGAGACUCCUUCUCUGAUGACCAACAUCAUCAUCAUCAUCAUCAUCAGGCCCCGCCGCAGACUGGUGGUAGUCAGGACGAUGUCCGCCCCUCUCACCAGUUCAGCGGAUACGGGGGCUACCAGAGUGGUGCCCCCUCGGGGUCGUCGUCGAUGCCUUCCAUCCAUGACACCAUUCAUCAUGGCAGUGGUCAUCAAUCCUCGGGCAGCGGCGCCAUCGCUGCUCGUCGCCAUAGCAGAGCCGAUGCGGAAGAACCUGAUGACCUUUUCCCCGACAUCCCUGAGGCAAAGAAGCGUAAGUUCAUUCUGGUCGAGGACAGCGACCGACAAUCACGUCUGCGGGUGCGUGUCACGCUCGAUGGCGUCGAUACACGUGAGAUCCCGGACAGCUUCCGCAAGAACAGCUCGGUAUAUCCGCGCUCUUACUUCCCGCGCGAGAUGCAGAGUCCCCCGCCCAGUGCUACAGGGUCCAAGUUUUUUCAGGACGACCUGAGUGACGACCCUGGAGCCGAGGAUGACGGCACCACCGACACAGAGGGCCGUAGGGCUGCAAGGGGGGCAAGGGCCAAGGCUAUGGUCCGUGUUCCCAUGGUGGACGGAUCCGAGGGAGAGGUCGCCAUCCCCCGCAUGCGCAGGGGUUUCCGUGGCAAGGAAGUUCGCCUAAACGAUCUAGGAUACCGUAUGGCUUGGCUCCAGAGCCGUGUGUUUGCUGGCAGAACAAUCUUCCUGCAGCGAGCUUUGGACUGCUACCGCAACAAGACGCGGUCUGCCAUCGAGUCGCUCAUGCAAGACGUCAAGACGGUCAGCCCACACUUUGAGACUCGUGUUGGCAAGCGCAAGUGGAACGAGCGGAUGCGCCGCAGUGAGAAGAAAGAUGACACCGAAUCUUCUUGAGCAAGGUGACAAGCAGUGAAAUAACCUGCGUCACUGCACCCAUCGUUUCGACUUUUCCCAAGCCCACUUGCACUUCUAGCCUAAUUUGGUUUUGACUGCAUGUCGUCGUCUGCCAACUUUGCUGUUGCAUCCUUUGCGGUUUCGACAUCAUUCAUUAUUUGGCUGGUAUUGUGCAUUUUCACCCUUCUGUUAUCUUGUACCUGGUUUCCGUAAUCAUUGUCCUUUUUUGUUUCCAUUAUUUCUCGGGUUUUAUUUGCGCUUCUUUACUGGUUCUUUUCUAAGCCUCUUAUUCUUUUGGCACUGGCGACUGGCGACUGGCGAUCGACUGGGCUGGGGUAUCGGAUAUGCGCGUCAAUAACCAAAAUUGACAAAAUCGGAAAAUAACAUUGCGCGGUAUAGUAUUUGGGUUUUUAUUUAUUUUAGAGACGGGAGUAGAGGUGUUGGUCAGCCAUGGGGUUACUCAUACCUUUUCACUGUCGUUAUUGGCGUGGGUUUUACCUGUUCUCUUCUUACCUUCGUGGACCUAUGUCUUCUUUACACUUGUUUCUAGUUUUCUUUUUCUUUUUUUCUUUUCUUUUAUCUAGGCAAGGCGUGCGACGUGACUGGGGCGGUUUUGGUUUCUUUUCGGAUUCAUUUUGUCUUUCUUCUUUUCUAUUUAUUUCUUUCCUUUGGGUUUUCACUCCGGGACGUGGAUAUGACCUCAAACCUCUUAGACUUUGUGCGUGGUGCUUUCAAAACGAAACCCCAACCCCCUCACGGGGGAAUCCACGCGCGUUUAUUGUUGCUUCUUCAUUUCUAUUUACUCUUUUUUCUUACUUGGUUCUUUUGGUCAUGUUUAUCAAGGUUAGAAGGGUUGGGUUUGAUCUAUCUGUUGUGGUGGCAUAAACUGCAUUACGGGAGGUACUGCGAAUAGUUGACUUGAAAGAUCAUAUUGUAGUUGAUUCACUACCAAGAUACGUGCGAUAACUAAUGUGCUCGCCGUCUUGUUUGAUGCGCCUGUGCUGCAUGGU